AUGCCAACUCAAAAGCUGAGUGCAGAAGAUAAAGCGAGCAUCAAUUUCAGCUACAACAAGCUUUCCAUUCUGUCCGAUCUGAAGCUGGAGACCGAAGUCGCCCAACAGAAAUGUGACGAAAAAAGGCUUGGAUUCAAGCGAAGAAAUGGAGAGAAGGUCAUUUUGCGGGACUUGUUAGGGAAGGUUGUGAAGUGGAUUAACCUGUUCAAAGAGGUUGGGGAUGUUGCGGUGUCGUAUGAUCCAGGGCAUGCAGCUCUUCCUUGGGCAUUGGUGCGGUUCCUCUUACAGGCUACUGUCGGGGAUAUUGAGAAGUAUGACUUUGUAGUGGAAAACCUCGAAAGUGUCUCAAAAUGCAUUUGUCGCUGUGGGCUUCUGGAGCGGCUGUAUCUUGACGGGAGCGCCUCAACGGCCAAGACAGAGUUUGAGACAGCUUUGGUAAAGCUCUACGGGUCGAUGCUCCUGUACUUAUCUAAAGCCAAGGGGUUCUUCGACAGAAAGAAGAGCUUCCGCAUCAUCUCAAGUGCUUUCAGCGAUAAAAAAGAGUUUCAAGACUACACUGAUAACAUCGCAAAAGACCUUGAAGAUGUUAAUCAAUAUGCUGCUCUCAUUGGUCGAGAAGUCGACUCCUCUCGGUAUUUCGAAUUAAAAGGCAUAAUAGAAGAGUUUGAUAGCCCACUGAAGCGGAUGUCAACUCAAAUCCAAAGCAUUCAAGAUGACCUGACUGAGAUUAAGAGAAGGAAAGCACUCGAUUGGAUGUCCAACCCAGAACGAUUGCCUUAUCUGAAGUACCAUAAGGAAAACAAGAGACAAUUCUUGAAAGGAACUGGAGAGUGGCUUCUGAAUGACAAGGUGUACAAGUCGUGGAGGAACGACAGUGCCUCUUCAUUGUUAUGGCUGCACGGCAUACCCGGAUCUGGCAAGAGCAAACUAACAUCACUCGUGGUAGAAGAUGGGCUCAGAUCCUCAGCGAAAGGCCUCACACCUCGCCCGGCGUUUUUCUACUGCUCUCAAAAUACCGCAGAGCCUCCUCGAUCGGAUCCAGGCUCGAUGCUUGGCUGUAUUGCUCGGCAGCUUGCUAACUUGAGCCCCUCAUCUGCGCUUCUUCCUCCAGUUGUGGAAUUGUUCGAGGAAGAAGAAGCACAAGGAGGUGCCACUGGAAGUUUGGAUAUUGAUGACGCUCGGGAACUGAUAUUGAACUUGAUCAAUAUUUACCCUGUCACAACCAUCAUCAUUGACGCACUCGACGAGUGCUCGAUCCAGGGGCGUGGCAUUGUUCUUGAUUUCAUCCAGACGAUCAUUGAAGAUGCAUCAAGCUUAGUCAAGGUUUUUGUUUCCAGCCGUGAAGACGGCGAUAUCGUAUUCAACCUUCAGCGUUUUCCGAAUCUUCGAAUAUCUUCUGGGAAGAACCAGGUUGACAUCGAGGCUUUUGUGGAAUCAGAAACCAAACGACUUGUGCGAGCAGGACUUCUAUUGAGAAACAGUCAGCGACAGCAACAACUCAUAGAGAAAAUUGUCAUCAGAGUUGCAGCUGAGGCUCAGGGAAUGUUUCGAUGGGCAAGCUUGCAGCUGCAGAACCUCACAGAACUCAAAACAGACCCAGAUAUCAUCGAUCGCCUAGGUAGGAUACCUCCCAGUUUGGAAGAGCUGUAUAUGGAGAUAUACAACCGCAUUAUCUCCAGCCAGGGCACUGUCUCGCGACAAAUUGCCCAAAACGUAUUCUCUCUCCUCUUGCGCCUAAGGCUUGACCUCAAGCCGAAAGCAUUCCUCGAGCUUGUUCAAUUAGAUUAUAGUCUGGUCACAGUUUCUGAAAUGCUGGAUAUAUGCUGCAAUUUAGUUAUUCUGGACGAAACAAUCGAUAUCAUUCGCUUUGCACAUUUGUCCGUCCGAGAAUUUCUCCAGAACCUGCCAGAUUAUUCAGCGCAACGAGCACACUCUAUCGUCAGCUUGUGUUGCUUACGACAAAUCGACCGCUGGAACGGUAUGGGAAUAAUGAGUUGGAAUUGGGGCUCAAGGGGGCCGGGUCGAUAUAUCAACAUGCAUUUACGGUAUCACCUUGAGAAGGCUGGGGCUCAUGAAAGAUUGGGUUUGGUUGAAUAUCUUCUAUCCCUUUUGAAACUGAAGAAUAUUUCCACGCUCGACGGCGCGUACGGUCGAAGGGAUAGGAACUGGAGACUUCGACGACAUCCGGAGAAUUUCGGCGCAAGCACCACUUGUCUUUUCAAUGCCUGCGCGUUAGAGUAUUUGGAGAUUUUCGAACUCCUACUCGACAUAAUACUUGGAUACCGAAGCAACUGGACGAUUAAGGAACGACCUUUAAACAUCGAUGACCUGUCUCUUACUGUCGACAUACCAAUACUAAGCGAUUCUAUGGAUUCAGAACGCUGCCAGGUUCUAGCCGUACAUAUAAUAGAGUGCGGGAACUCUCGGUUUCUGCGCAAGUUGUGUGAAAAGAGGCUCCUUCCUCUGCAUAACGCUCACAAAGUAGUCAUAAGAGCUGCAAGUGACUCUUCAGUUGAGGAGACAGGAGCCAUGAACGUUUUGCUGGAUUUUUUUGGGCUGGAAUGUCUCACUACGGACGUAAUCAGAGAAGCAAUCAGAUCAGCGUAUCGGAGAACGGGUCCUGGGCAUGAAAAUGGCACGGACAAUGACACGCUCCUUGUGAAGGAAUUUCUAGAACGAGGACUCGUCUUUCCCAUUCAUGACGGCUUUUUGGGCUCCAUUUUCCCCAAAUUUUCGAAGAAGAUUUUCGAGAUGUGUUGGGACAAACCCGCUGGUCCUAAUAGUCGUUGGGCUUUAGAAUCCAUCAUUCUUCUCCUCGAGGCUGACCUGGAGAGCUCUGUCCCAAUCGCUUUUGUAGAAUCGGUCGUCAACUACAUGGACUUCACCGAGCAACAGCUGCAAAAGCUCCUUUGUCGAUGCCGACUGAACGACCUGAGUCAGAAACAAUUUGAAACCCUCGCUCCACAUUGCCGAAGCUGGGCAACCUUCGGUCCACUAAUAGAGCAAAAUCCCCAUAUCUUCAUUGAUGAGGUCUUUUUCCUGGGAAUCUUCAAAAGGCAGCGCGGCAAGAGUAUCCUGGAAGGUGUGUUAGAGAGUCCCCACUGCCAGCAUCUGCGGGAUAUCAUGCUCAACCAGAAAUUUUUCGAUAUUCUGGUCCAGUACUCUGAAUGGGAAACUAUCCAAGUUCUGUCGCCCGGUUUCAAAGUCGCUGAGAACGUGCUGGCUCGUGGGAGUAUAGAAUCUGCUGUGGCAGAUAUCUCUGAAGAAUCAGCCUUGGAUAUGCCUCGAAAAUUACUCCCGUCACGACCUAGCGUUCCUCGCGGUCUUGCAUCUCUUGCACAGCGGGGCCCGAGGGAGUUGUUGAAAAUGGAAAGAACCGGAAAACAAUGAAUAAACGCCGGAAAUGACUUCAACCCUCAAUACGAGCGAAGACAUUUGACGUCGCUUAAGCAGGGGAUUCCGAGAUAUGGCACGUCCUGAAUCGCUUACAUAUCAGGGGCUAAGCGAGUUCGCAUCUCAACCCCUUUUCAUCAAUAUCGCUCUCCAAGAUGCUGAGAUGGGAAAAAUUGUCACCAGAUUUCCUCCCGAACCAUCUGGAUACCUUCACAUCGGCCACGCAAAGGCUGCCUUUCUAGAAGAGCGAUGGGAACGAUGAAGACGAAC